GUGCGGCUCCACGGCCAUCUUUGUGCGGGGCUGCGCUUCCGCCCGCUCGCGCUGCACCCUGGACCUGGCAGUGGGAGGGCUGGCGAUGGAGCGGUGGGUGCGCUCCCAGCUUCGGUUGUGGCUGCUGUUGCUACUCCUGCCCCCGGUGCCGGGCUGCCAGAAGGAGUCAGGUUCAAAAUGGAAAGUAUUUAUUGACCAAAUUAACAGGGCUUUGGAGAUUUAUGAACCAUGUUCAAGUCAAAACUGCAGCUGCUACCAUGGUGUCAUAGAAGAGGAUCUGACCCCUUUCCGAGGAGGUAUCUCCAGGAAGAUGAUGGCGGAGGUAGUGAGACGGAAGCUAGGGACCCACUAUCAGAUCAUUAAGAACAGAUUAUACCGAGAAAAUGACUGCAUGUUCCCCUCAAGGUGUAGUGGUGUUGAACACUUUAUUUUGGAAGUUAUUGGGCGCCUCCCUGACAUGGAGAUGGUGAUCAAUGUACGAGAUUAUCCUCAGGUUCCUAAAUGGAUGGAGCCUGCCAUUCCAGUCUUCUCCUUCAGUAAGACAUCAGAGUACCAUGAUAUCAUGUAUCCUGCUUGGACAUUUUGGGAAGGAGGACCCGCUGUUUGGCCAAUAUAUCCUACCGGUCUUGGACGGUGGGACCUCUUCAGAGAAGACCUGGUAAGGUCAGCAGCACAGUGGCCAUGGAAAAAGAAAAAUUCCACAGCAUAUUUCCGAGGAUCAAGGACAAGUCCAGAACGAGAUCCUCUCAUUCUUCUAUCUCGGAAAAGUCCAAAACUUGUUGAUGCAGAAUACACCAAAAACCAGGCCUGGAAAUCUAUGAAAGUAAUCACCAAUCAUCUGACUAGAACUACAGCAGUGAACAUUCUCACUCAAAGAACGUUGCCACCUGGCCCAGCAUCUACUAUGGGAGGCUGCAAAAGCAAACAAGACUUGUUCCCCUCAUCGAGUUUACCCUCUGCUAAUGUGGCUGGAAUACAGAUGGGGGUCUCAAACUCCGAUACCCCCAGGGGCUGCACUAGUGAGCAGAAGAGAGUGCUGAAGGUCCGGUCAUUGCUGCCCAGGGGAAUAGGAGCUCUCUUUGCCAAAUCUUCCCUUUUUUUCCCCAAGAAAAGUUGGAAAUCUGGGUUUUUGUAAGAAACACCCUACCACCUAUAAAUGUUGGCAGUAGUUAGAAUAUUUAUUUUUAAAUACUUUGUGAGCUCAACAAAAUUUGUGUGUGGGCUACACCUCUAAGCCCACCAGCCACCAUUUGUAACCUCCUGUGCAGUAUGAUUUACACAGAGUGAAAUGUGCUGCAGGCCAUGACCUCUGAGUUCAGGGGAUUCACGUGGUUCCAGGGGAGCUUAAACUCUAAAAUCAGACAGAACCAGUUGAAACCCAAGCUCUACUACUUAGGGCCAUGCGACCCUGAGCAAGUCUCCCAACUUCUCAAAGCCUUGGCUGCUUCAUCUAUAAAGUGGGAUAAUCAUGCCUCCUGAGUCUGUUUAUUAUAAGACUUAAAUGAGGUCAUGUUGAUGAAAUAUUUAGCAAUGCUUACUGCACAGUGGUCUUCAUAAAUGCUCCUACUCCUAGUAUUAAUAACUUCCUUUUCACUGAAAGGAUACCUUGGGAAAGCCAGCUGCUAAGGAUGUCCAUCUUGUGGAUCACUGCAAAUACAAGUAAGACUUCCAGAACUCCUGACUCUCCUAGUUUCCCUAUUGCUUUUGGAAUAGCUUCACUUUGGGUGAGAGUUUUAAUACUAGGGUCUAGCCGGGGUUUGUGAAAGUCACAUUAAUUCACUUAGCUAUUAUUUUCUUGGAGUCUGUUGUGCACAAGGCUCUGAACUAGGUUCUGUGGGAACUGUGGAGACAUGAAAUGUGGUCCCUGCUUCCAAAGAGCUUGCGUGCUUGUAAUCAAAGGGAUGGGAUUCCUUCUCUCCACACCCCGCCCAGCCAAGAGCUGAAGUUAGAUCAAGUAUUUAUUAGGUUAUUAAAAACAAUUUACGGUCCAACCUGAAUAAAGCAUAUGUAACUAUUAUAUUUAAAUGCCAGGACUAAGGAUUAUAUGCACAUGUAAAACCAGGUCAGGAGGAGGGCAGUGGGGGGAUUCAGAGAGAUGAAUGCUGAUUAUACUGCACAGUGGGAACUAUAGGGUAGAAGCAGCUCUGGUUGGAGACAGGGGUACAUGCAUGGGAAAUGCUGAAAAGAAAAUGUUCUUUUCUAAGUUAGCUUGUUUCCAGGGGGCAUUUCUUUGAAGAUUGAUUAGGUAUGCCUGGUUGUCUUCUCCAGAUUUCAUAAGAGGGAAUAGGGAACAGGGCAUGCCUUUGACCAGGUAGGGUACCCUAUGGGAAAACCAAGGCUUUGGGAGGCCAUGAUGAGUUCAAGACUUUAGGCCUAGAAAAACUUGUAGCAAAGGGUGAGGUGUUGCUUCCAUCUGAGCCUUGUAUCCGCUGUACCCAGCACCCAGCUGCUGGCCCUAUCAGUCUCUCCCUGGAGAAAGUAUCCCUUUUAUCCCCUCACCCUGAUAUUCCCAGGAACAACCUCUAACUCCUGGAACAACAAGGAGUUUAUAGAAACUUCACAGGGACAUGCUGAUGUGUCCUUGAAGACUGAAAAUGGAAAAAGAAAGGAGAGGGGGUAAUGAAAGAAGGGUAAGAGGGAGUAAGAAAAAAAGGUCAUAUUUGUGGAAGCAGGCAUAUAGUUUCAAGUAUAUUUUGCUCUUUCUUUUCCAGGUAUCUGUUUAAUUUUCGGGGUGUAGCUGCAAGUUUCCGGUUAAAACACCUCUUUCUGUGUGGUUCACUUGUUUUCCAUGUCGGUGACGAGUGGCUGGAAUUCUUCUAUCCACAGCUGAAGCCAUGGGUUCACUAUAUCC